CCGAAGUAUCGGCUGAUCGUUAGGUUCACCAACAAAGACAUCAUAACACAGAUCGCGUACGCGAAGAUCGAGGGCGACGUCAUUGUGUGCGCCGCUUAUGCCCACGAACUGCCCCGAUAUGGCGUUAAAGUCGGUCUCACCAACUAUGCGGCCGCCUAUUGCACUGGACUUCUGUUGGCCCGUCGGUUGCUGAAGAAGUUUCAUUUGGACGGCAUAUAUAAGGGCGCGGAGACGGUGUCGGGCGAGCAGUACAACGUGGAGGACAUUGAAGGCAAACCGCGUGCGUUCCGCGCGUAUCUGGACAUAGGUCUGGCGCGCACGACGACCGGCGCUCGCAUUUUUGGAGCCAUGAAAGGUGCCGCCGACGGAGGCAUUGAUAUCCCCCACUCGACCAAACGCUUCCCCGGCUAUGACAUCGAGUCUAAAGAGUUCAGCGCUGAUGUCCACCGACAGCACAUCUUCGGCCAACACGUGGCCGACUAUAUGAAGAACCUGAUGGAAGAGGAUGAGGACGCCUACAAACGCCAGUUCUCGCGCUUUUCCAAACUCGGCAUUACUGCCGAUGAGUUGGAGGGCAUAUACACCAAAGCUCACGCCGCCAUCAGAGCUGAUCCCGAAUACAAGCCGACAAAGAAGAAGACAUACCCGUCGAAGAAGAGAUUCAACGACAAG